AUGUCUCAAAUCGGAUACAUCAAACUGUCUUUAUUUGUGAUGCUGCUGCUUCAGUUUGCAGAAGUUACUGGACAAAGUGUCACUGUUAAAGCUGGAGAUGACGUCACUUUGCCUUGCAGCAGCGUGAUGGUUGAUCAGGACAAAUGUGGCCAGACUUCUUGGCUGUACAGUCGGCAUGUUUUGGAAGCAACAGGAGAGCUGAUUCGUCUCGGGCAGAUUAGUAAAGAUGUGGUUUCUAAAGGUAAAUCCUACGGACUGAAUACUGCAGCAGACUGCUCUCUGGUUAUAAGAAACGUCACUGCUGAGGAUGUUGGUCGUUACACCUGCAGACAGUUCAGCAAAUCAGGAGAAGACUCUUCGGUUUCUCUCUCUGUUGUUAUCAUGGAUGAACAUCAGAAAGAUGACAAGGUGACCUUUUUCUGCUCCGUGGUCUCGUAUCAAGCCUGCGGACACACAGUGAAAUGGUUGUACGAGGGUGAUGAGAGUGAUAUGGAGACGAUACAGCGUCCCUGUUCAGCCUGGGCCACAUUUCCAACUCAUCUCAAUCACACUCGUAAGUUACUGAAGUGUAAUGUGACCGAAAACAAGAGUGGAGAAAUACUGGUGUAUGAUGUGGCCACAAAGUCCCCAUAUGAGAAAACAGGAAACACAACAGUGGGGAACAACACGACAUCAUCUGCAAAGAAUGACACUCAAGGUAGAGGCAUCUUAUACUAUAUCCUAUAUAUACUAUAUCACUCUUUUUCUCUCCUGAUGAAGCAGCAGCAAUGUUUGUAA